UCCCGAAUGCGAUGGAUCUCCCGUCUCGAGUGUCCACCGAAGUGUAUUGAGAGACAACCAAACGUGGACGACACACAACCCACUGCACGCCAUUACACCGCUUGCAGAAUGCGGCAAAGGAAGCAUGAGUUGCAGUUUAUUGUCGACUAGUAGAGGUCGAAUGAUGAUGCGUCGAUGUUCUAAGCGUGCCCCGUUAGCUUUUGGGCGACUUUUGUUGUUAUUUUGGAGGAAAACAAUACGUGUUUGUGUUUCGUAUAACAAAGUAUCGAGUUAGGGUCAAGCUACAACAAGUAAACAAUUAUAGCGGGCUGCGAAUAGCUAUUGAGUAGUGUAGUGAAACUCCCAAAGCGAAUGGGAACGUUGUGUUUAAGCCAAGUUUUACGCAUUAGUAACCACUUUCCUACGAACUAUGUGAUUUAUUCAACGAAACAAAACGAUCAAACUGUGGUUGAGUUUAUGCUUCUCCUUUGACUUUUUUUAAAUGUUGAAAUUGUUUUAUAAUUGGUUUUUAUGAGAAAAAAAUGAAGUUUGUAAAUUUGAACCAUGCGCUCGUAUGCUGGACAUUAUAUGUACCAGUGGCAAGAAUAAAGACAAAGAAAUGUUUGGCAGAAAUGUCCAGAAAAAAGGAGAAAUCCGCUUUGCGGGUCGAUAGAGUUGAGUUUUACUUUCCUCCAAGAAGACGAAGCAAAACGAUGAGCCAAGAAAACAUAAGACCCAAAGAGACGACCUCGUGGAAGUGUACGGGAAAUGCAGUAGACUCUCUCCAGUCGCAUUUUGUGGUGUUAUUGUCCGUUUUCAUAUACCGGAUUAUGUUUAUAUUUCAUUCCAGCUUUCCUGAUUAGAACUCUGUUGCUCUGGGUCACAGGGGUUGUAGUAUAAGCUAGUGUAGAAGUGUGGCAUAAGAAUAGUAUUUCGUAGAAUUUUAAGACAUCAUCAAAAGCACCACCAUUGCAUCAUUGCAUUAGUGCCCUGAAUGCACUCACCUACCGAGCACGGACUGUGAUAUCCAUACACUACUAACCAAAAUCAACUAUCUCUGCACUCGGGUAGCUAUUUAUUAAGCAUAUUUGUUUUUCAUUUUCUUCUAAUUUGUUUAAUAGAUUUUCUCUUGUUUUCUUACUAUUUUCCCCUUCUCUUAGCAAAGUAUUCUAGACCCUACAACCCCGUUUGAUUCCGCUUUCUCUUUCGUUUUCGCUUUGCUACCCUUCCUAACAACUGUAAGCGCGCUGUAUAGUGAGUAGCGUCUUUUGCUUAACUUACGAUAUCGCUUUUCACAAUCAUCGAUUUAUAGGGUCUGCAACGGAUGGAACAGUUCCAUCUACGGUUGCUUUCUUAUAUUAAUCAUAAAUCAAGUACACAACCCACCUCAAUCCAUCGUUUACCGCGUGCACCUGGACGAUAUAUGCACGCUACUAAAUCAUGCAUCACAACUACCGCCUUCCUAUCAUUAUUCCCUUUCCUACUCGCGGGUAAGUGCUAGCUGCUACCUCGAAAAUGCUUGGUGUACCACUAGUGAGGUCCACAAUUUAGGGCCAACCGACCACCAGUCUGUCUACGCGACAAACUGACUGAAUGUUUGCCAGGAAUCGAUACGCACAGCUCCGCUAUGAGUGCAUACAAAUGGUAUGGUUCUGUCAAUAGUGGCACCUAGCCUUCUGCCAAGUGCAUGUUUGAUGUGAUAAAGUAAAAUGGACAUAAGGUCAAUUUGAUUGGUUGCUCCACGCGAUUGCAAUCGUCGCUAGUGAACAGAAUGGUAGACCGAUCAUUGUGAACUGCAUGCGAUAUUUAAAAAAAAAUCUAUUCUAGUAUGUCCAAGCCAAACGUAAUGUAUCAAAUACGUUUCGCUGUGAGUUAUUUUAGUUAGGUAAGGCUGUGCUAGCUAUACAAUAAUUUUUGGUAUUUUAAGAUUGUGCUAAUACUGCAGCCCAGAUUCGCAUGCAGAAACGAUCGUAUAUGUUUUUCAAUUAAGAAAAAGAAUCAGCUUCCGUGCCAUCGUUUGAUGUUUCUCAUUAAAUCAUACGUGUGAUUCAUUAAAUAGAUACGAAUAGGAAGCUACCAAGCAUUACAGAGAUCAGCAACAGCCAACAGCACAGAUCCUCCAAACUAGUUGAAGUCCACCCGAUUCCAUUUGAGGGGAUCUUCGCUAUCCUACCACCAUCCUACACACGUGCAAAAUACGUUUCACUAAUUCGUUUUGUUAAUUUUUAUUUUCACGUUUUUUUCUGUUCUCUUUUUCUCUCUAUCUUUCUCUCUAUCGGGCCCAAUUUAUUCUCUGUCCUGCGCACCCUCCGGAUCGUUGGUUCUCUGCGGUGUUUUUUGGGGUCCUCUUCACCAAUAACGUUCGACCGGCCCCCCAAACUCCCACUAUGUCCAUUCUGAUUCCCAUUGCCUACUAUUUGGUGGGGUGGUUUCGAUUUAAAACCUCCAUGUACAAAUC